UGCGGACAAUAUUUUCAUAACAAACUUUGACAAGUGCACCAGCGCUUUGUUGACGGUUUUGGCAAAAAAACGUGCCGCACGUUUCGGAAAGUCCUGCACGAUGGUUAAUCCAGCUGGAAGGAAGAGUGUAGUUGCGAAAAAAGGGAAUUUGGUGAAAAUCGAAACUGCGUGGAACCAUGAUGACUCUACCGUUCCAACGGCGACGAGUGAAAAACUUGUUGAAGAUGGCCCUGCUACCCAAACGCGCGCUAUGGUAGAGGAAGUGUGCCAGCAGCAAGCCAUUCCGAGUGAUUUGGAAUUACAGCUCCAAGAGUACUUCAAGGACCGGCCGUUAGUGAAACCGCUGCCACCAGCAGAAGCGAGCACGGUAGACAUCGAUCUGGCCGAUCCGGACGAAGAAACAUGGAUCAUUCAAGUGCCCGCCACCGUGAACGUUCAGCUCGACCUGAUUGGGAAGAAGCUUAAUCUAGACGCUUCCCGUACGACGAUCAAAAACUGCUCCGUCCCGCUCGAAUCGCACGUUCAGAUGAACAGUGACGAGCGUGUGAUCGGUUUGCUUGCAGGAUCGCGCGUUAAAUCGUUCGUUCCGACCGGUUUUAUACGCAUCAGUCAGGCACUUUCGGCGCUGGACGUACCGGAUGCCGCCUUGAAGGCGAGCAACCCGAACCACAUUAGUGUACCGUACCCGGAGGACAUCCGCGAACGCCAUCCUCUGCUCGGAUACGAUUUUAACGAACUCAUCGCUUUACCGAAACGUGUGCAGAAGCAACUGUCCUUUGCCCGACAGAAAGCCGCACUGAUGUACCAAACCGUUGACAAAUCGUCGAAGAAAAAGGCCAAAACGGUUAUGGGGAACACGGUGGACGUGCCUCGCCCGGCUACGAGCGAGCAGCAAAACGUCGUAACACCGGUCAAGAGAGAACAACCGGUAACUGAAUCUGCACCAAAAUCAGCAAGCAAACGGAAACGUUCAGCCGGGGUACCGACGGAGGAAAAGGAAGUGCAAAUGGUAUCAGCGAUAAAGCAGGAACCUUUGUCGCCGAAGCGGAAGAAGAGCAAAAAGGCCGACAGCAACGAGGAAGGUUUCGUGCAAACGGCAAGCGUUAAAAAGGAGGUAUCGGUAGAGGACGAUAUUUCCUGGCUGCUUAACAUCUAGCAGCUUCCAAUAAAUGUCAAUCAUUCGGACGCUUU